AUGAUCAUCGGUUGGUGGACCAGAAAGUCAACAUCACAACCGAUUACACCCACUCCACGCGCCUCCGAGACUAUGCUGACGUCUGUUACAGUUGCACGGCGAUCUCGAACAGCGAUUAGGUUUGAUGAACGACGUAGAAGUAGGGGCUCUCAACUCCUCGAGGACGGUGUACCCCAGUCGACGAGGACGUUUCGCAAGUUCCCUUGCAACCCGAUUAUGACGAGCACAUCUGGUAUCAUGCGUGAUCCAGCAGGAUUGCAACAUAUGCACCAACCUAUCCGGUUGGCCACAGUUUCCACAACAUAA